AUGUCCUCUUCUCAUUCAUUUGGACACAUGUUACCAAAAUACUGCAUUUUGCUAUUUUACUUCCUCAGUUGCAUCUACUUAAAGGCUUACAAGAUGAUUGGAUCUUUUCUUACCAGAGGACUUGUAAUGGUGUUUGGCUAUGCAUAUCCAGCCUAUGAAUGCUUCAAAUCAGUUGAAAAGAAUAAACCUGACAUCGAUCAACUCCGCUUUUGGUGCCAAUACUGGAUCUUGGUUGCUGUAUUAACUGUUUCUGAACGAAUUGGUGACACAUUUAUUUCAUGGGUUCCAAUGUAUAGUGAAGCAAAGUUGGCGUUUUUCAUAUACUUAUGGUACCCCAAAACAAAGGGGACAGGAUAUGUAUAUGAAUCGUUUUUUAGACCAUAUAUUUCAAAGCAUGAAAGAGAGAUCGACAGAAGUUUAAUGGAACUAAGAACAAUGGCUGUAGAUGCUGCAGUUUUAUACUGGCAAAAGGCUGGAAAUUAUAUCCAAACAAAAACUUUUGAUAUUCUUCAAUAUGUUGCUUCACAAUCAACACCAAAGCCUCAACCUGAUAAUAGUAAUAGGACACGUCAGCAUGAUUUGAAUCUUAAAGCACAAAAGGUAGUAGUAGCUCAUGAGGAAACCAAAGAGCCGUCAUCUCCUGUUGCCAGCUCAUCAUCAUCCUCAGCUUCAAAUACAGGUGCUGGUACUGAUACUGGUGAAACAGAGAAACCGGAUGUAGGGCCCACACAAGACCCUCCGUUGCCGGUUUCUGAUGUUUUGACAAAAGAAAAAGAAAGUGUGGUGGAAGAGGCUAAGGAGAGUGUGAGGGUGACACGUGCUAGGUUAAGGAAAGCAACUUCGCUUCAGUGAAUGUGGGAGAUGAUGAAUUGAUGAUGAUGAUAAUAAGUCUUUUAUCUUUUUCUAAAUAUAUACGUUUGGAAAAUGGGAGUUUGAUAUUGAUGUAUUAUUAAAUGUAUUUUCUUUUUUGUUCUCUAUUUUCCAUAAUAUCUUGGUUAAUGGUGGAAGAGACUUAUUGUUUUAUUAAAAUACAAAAACUCGUUGG